AUGGCGCGGAGAAGAGACGGAUGGGCGGUGCAGAGGCGGUGGAAGAGCGACGAUGGAGAGAAGAAGCAGCCAGAAGUGCCGUUCAAUCUACAGCUAUUUGAGAGUGUGACGGCCCGUGUGCAAAAGGCCAAAGAGGAGGAGAUACGACACGCGCAGCUGCAUCAGCGUACCGCGCGCGGGCGAUUUUUCGCUACAUUGUUCGCCAUCGUCGUCACCAGCAGCAUCGGCUAUUGGUUCGGCCAGGCCUCCAUGCCCAAAGCUGAUUCGACUGCCUCGACCGCUUCCCUUGCGGUCGUGAACGCGCCGAAGCACAACAUCUCAGAAGCAAACAUGGAAGCUGCAUGGACCGACUUUCGCGACAUUGUUGGCAAGGAGAACAUCUCGUUGGAAAAGUCGGAACUGGAGUCGCAUUCUGGAUCCUCAUGGUCUUCGCACCCUGCCGAGCCGGGAGACGUCCCGUUCUGUGUCGUGAAACCCGGCAGCACGCAAGAGGUCAGCGCAAUUAUGAAGGUGUGCCACGAGAGGAAGAUUCCGGUCACGCCGUACAGUGGGGGAACCAGCCUGGAGGGCCACUUUGCGGCAACAAAAGGCGGCAUCUGCAUCGACUUCUCGCGUAUGGACAAGAUUCUCAAGCUGCACAAGGAUGAUUUAGAUGUGGUAGUCCAACCAGCCGUUGGAUGGGAGCUGCUUAACGAAGAAUUGGCAAAGGACAACCUAUUUUUUCCUCCGGACCCAGGUCCAGGCGCAAUGAUUGGGGGCAUGGUGGGCACGGGUUGCUCAGGCACGAACGCAUACCGCUAUGGCACAAUGAAAGACUGGGUGCUCUCUCUCACGGUUGUCCUCGCGGACGGCACAGUCAUCAAGACUAGGCAGAGACCACGGAAGUCGUCCGCGGGAUACGACCUCACUCGCAUGUUUAUCGGUUCUGAGGGCACUUUGGGCCUCGUCACCGAGGCUACCCUCAAAGUCACCGUCAAGCCACAACACACUAGUGUAGCAGUCUGUGCCUUCCCGACCGUCCGACACGCCGCCGACUGCGUCUUCAAGGUCGUCGGUGCCGGUGUACCUAUCGCUGCCAUCGAGAUCCUGGACGACGUACAGAUGCAAUGCAUCAACGAUGCGGGCCAAACCAACAAGACGUGGAAGAACGCACCAACUCUCUUCUUCAAGUUCGCCGGCACGCCCAGCAGUGUCAAGGAGCAGGUCAACCAGGUGCAGAGCUUAGCCAAGAAGACAGGCAGCGUGAGCUUCGAGUUUGCAAAGAGCGAGCAAGAAAAGAUCGAUUUGUGGCAGGCACGCAAAGAAGCGCUCUGGAGCGUUAUGGCCAAGGGUGAGGGAAGCGAUGACUUGGGUGUAUGGACGACAGAUGUUGCCGUUCCGCUUUCAAAAUUGCCGCAGAUUAUUGAAGAGGCGAAAGACCAGAUCUCAAAGAGUGGUUUGCUAGGUAGCAUCGUCGGCCACGUCGGUGAUGGAAACUUCCACUCAAUCAUCCUAUACAACAAGAAAACAGAAUACGAGAAGACCAAACAUCUCGUGCACGACAUGGUCAAGCGCGCCAUCGAGCUCGAGGGAACCGCAACUGGCGAGCAUGGGGUUGGCCUCGUCAAGAGAGAUUACCUGGAGCACGAGCUGGGGACAGACACAGUCGAUGCGAUGAGGCAGCUCAAGCGGGCGUUCGAUCCUUUGUGCAUCCUGAAUUGCGAUAAGGUGGUACGAGCGAGUGCACCAAAGCCGGGCGAGGUAGCGCAGUGGUAG